AUGGAAGGUAAUAUGAGUAAAUAAUUUAGAAUAUAUGCCAUAGCCUGUGUUCAUAAUAAAGAAGUUGUUAAUAGAUAUAAAAAGAGAAAAUAUUAUAUUAUUAAAAAAUGUGCUUUUUUAUAUCUGA